GUACAAAAUAUUCUGCCACCUGGCUCCUCCCCUCGCUACGUCACAUUCCAAUCCCGAUCCACGCGCCCCUCCCUUUCCCUCCGCAGAGCUGCAUUCCUGCUGCCACAUCGGACCGAACUAUUUAAUGUUAGCAACGACAUUUUAUCUUCACCGCGAACUAAAAACACAAAUGCCACACAGUUCUAACGUAGGAUUACUGUUCAACGGUGUAUGUCUGUCUGUUUAUUUGGUAACACCGUAAUGUUAUCCACACCACAGUGAAUAAUGAUAGUUUGUCCAAACCGACCCCCCCUCCCUUCCUCGCUUUUUAAAGUGGUCUGCUCCGUCUUGCUGCCAUGUUGGAUGUACGCAUCGCCGCUGCAGCUACUGGAGUUUCCGAAUGAAAGUUGAGCGUUUUUCCGUUUACAGGCUCAAAAAGGCUCCUUAUUUUUUCAUUUAACACCAUACGGAGGAGUUCGGGUUCUUUCUUAACCAGGACCGACCCGGAGCAAACGCCCCCCGUGCUCCUCCUCCGCCCUCCAGCCCGGAGUCGGACUCAGCGGAGAUGAUCCGGUUGCAGGCCACAGCAACCGGAGCCCGCAUGGAUUUUCUGUAAUCGGUAGAGUUUGCCGAGCCCGAUUCGGGGGAUAACCGCAUCGUUUCGGGGUUAACUAGAAGAUUUCGGAGCCAUGAACAGCCACCCUCCGGCCCGCAGAGUCGCUAACGUCGGCUCCCUCCUCCUCACCCCGCAGGAGAACGAGUGCCUGUUCGGCUACCUGGGCAGGAAAUGCAUUCUUCUGUGUUCGGCAGUGGUCCAGGUGUACGGGGCCGAGCGGAGCGGCAGCUGGGCCAAGAGGUGCUGUGGAGUGGCCUGUCUGGUCAAAGACAACCCACAGAGGUCCUACUUCAUCAGAGUGUUUGAUAUCAAGGAAGGGAAAACCAUGUAUGAACAGGAACUGUACCACAACUUCUCCAUCAGCAGCUCCAGGUCCUACUUCAUCUCUUUCGCAGGAGACACCUGUCAGAUUGGUCUGAAUUUUGCCAGCGAAGAAGAGGCCAAAAGAUUCAGAGCUGCCAUCAAUGACCUGCUCAACCGACGGCAACGCAAAACCGAGAAAAGAGGUGACCCUAAAAAUGGUCCGGCUCUGCCCAUGGCCACGGUGGACAUUAAGAAUCCGGAGAUCAACAAUGUCCGAUUCCACAACUCCCACAGCCACCAGCAGCCGUACCACCUCAACAACAUGCUGAGCCACGGCGGCCUGACCCGCAAGGACAAGAAGACCAAAGGCAAGAAGAAGAAGCUGACGAAGGCCGACAUUGGCACACCCAGCAACUUCCAGCACAUCGGUCACGUGGGCUGGGAUCCAAACACAGGUUUUGAUCUGAACAACCUGGACCCUGAGCUGAAGAACCUGUUCGACAUGUGCGGCAUCUCUGAGGCUCAGCUGAAGGACCGAGAGACGUCCAAGGUCAUCUACGACUUCAUCGAGAAGAAGGGAGGGGUGGAGGCUGUGAAGAACGAGCUGAGGAGGCAGGCUCCCCCUCCACCUCCUUCUCGUGGCGGACCCCCCCCUCCUCCUCCUCCCCCUCCCCACAGCUCUGCACCUCCCCCUCCUCCCCCUCCAUCCAGAGGGGGCCGGGGUGCCCCUCCUCCUCCUCCUCCAUCCAGAGCGCCGGCCUCAGCUCCUCCUCCGCCGCCUCCCUCCAGACCAGGAACUCUGGGUGCCCCGCCUCCCCCUCCACCUCCCACCAGAGGAGGUCACCAGCCCCCUCCUCCUCCCCACCAUCACCACCACCACCAGCCUCCACCUCCUCCUCCUCCGUCCGCCUCACACUCUUCCAUCGCCCCUCAAGCCCCGCCUCCUCCUCCUCCCCCGCUAGCACAGCAGUCUCCAGUCAGCGGUGGGGGCUCUGCCCCUGCUCCUCCUCCCCCACCUCCUCCUCCACCUCCCCCACCCGGCCCUCCUCCUCCUCUGGAGCUGGACGGUGUCGGCGGAGGUGGAGACUCUCCUCAUUCGCCUAGCCCUGGUGGGAAGUCGGCGCUGCUGGAGCAGAUCAGAGGAGGAACCCAGCUGAAGAAGGUGGAGCAGAACCACCGAGCGCCGGCCUCCAGCACCGGACGAGAUGCCCUGCUGGACCAGAUCCGACAGGGAAUCCAGCUCAAGACCGUGUCGGACCAUUCAGAGUCUGGUCCUCCAACGCCAGCUCCUACUGCGGGCAUCGUUGGCGCUCUCAUGGAAGUAAUGCAGAAGAGGAGCAAAGCCAUCCAUUCCUCAGAUGAAGACGAGGAUGACGACGAAGACGAGGACUUUGAGGAUGAUGACGAGUGGGACGACUAGUGAUGACUCUCCUGUUCCUCCAACCCUCCCCUGUCCACCCCCUCCACCUAUCGCUGACACUAAAAUAUCUUCUAAAAAUCUUCCAGAAUCUGACUAAAAGUGUAAUGUAAAUGUUGUAUGAAUUUGCUGUAUAUUUAUUUUUGCCUUUUUUGCUUUUUUGUUUUUCUAUGAUUAUGAUAAUUAAUCUGUGCAAUACCUCAUCCGUUAAAUCUGUAACGUUCGUCGCGCACCCUCGUCGUUAUGGACCGUCCACUUCCCCCUCGUCCUGUCAUUAGAAAGCACUUAAAUUCAUCAUCAGCACAACGUGGAGACACAGCCGGCUACAUUUCAUUAUCAGUAAUCAAUAAUAUAAAACACUAGCUGCUCCACAGAGAGGAAUCUGAGUCCUCAUUUGAUCCUUGGGAAAUAUUUUUACUUGUCAUUUCUUCUUCGUGUUUUCAUUCCAUUUGUUGUUUGAGAAACUUUAAAGGGAGACGACGUACGUGCGACCAAACAGGCAGGAUCCUCUUUGUGUUUGAUAGCGGUCGGUUUAAAAUGCGAGAUAACACUAUUUUCUUACUGUGCUUCUUUUCAUACCUUCGAGUUUCCUAAAAAAAAUGUAGUUUAGUCGUGUUAUUUUUUCAUGAAGACAUUUCGUUGACCAAAACAUGGCGGCCCGGUCGCCUCACGUGGAUCUUCAACUUUUUGUUUUUUUAUGUAAUUAAAGCCGUUUAUUUGCACACAGUUUCUAUGAUAGUACAGUUUUGUUUUUUUGUUUUUGUUUUUUUUCUUGGGUGUGCGUUUGUCAAAAAUAAUUUUUAUUUCACUUCAGGCAGGAAACCGUGGUGGUGGACACUUUUAAAAGCUAAAGGUUUUGCGGUUUUCGCAGCCUUUAAGUGCGAUUACUACAGAGGCGACAUGGAGGAGGAAAAAACUAUGAAAGUUGGGGGAAAAUAAAAGCUGUACUUUCUCAAGAUCUCACUAAAGUUUCUUGCAGAGGUUUCUCGAGAUAUCGCAAAAGUUUCUCACAGAAGUUUCUCAGGCUUUUGCUGAAUUUUCUCAGGAUCUCACAAAAGUUUCUUGAGAUUUCACAAAAGUUUUUACUUCUGCAAGAUCCCAAGAAACUCAAGAUCUCACAAAAGUUUUGCAAGAUCUCAGAAGUUUUUUGAGAUCUCACAAAAGUUUCUUGAUCUCACAGAAGUUCUGGGAUCAA